CAGGAAAUUAUUGAUGUUGAAACAGGGCAGGUUUUUUCUGAUAUGGAUGAAGGUAGGAAUUUGAUGUACUAAAAAUAUUAUGUUCUAAUUAACCUGUAACAAAUAAACUAAUUUCUUCACUUUGUCUUUUUAGCCGAUUUGCAUUUAAUAUCAAUGUACACUCCAAUGCUUCCCAAAACAGUCACCGUCCACCGAUCCACCAUCCGUAAAGAUUUAACUGAAAUAUUUACCGACCCAAGCAUUUUGAACAGUUAUCUUGAUGUGGUUGUGAUCGAUGCACGUGGUGAACCAGAGAAAGGAAAAGGGAAGGGUGUUAUAUUGGAUGUUUUGACACAUUUUUGGGACAAUUGUUUUAUGUCUUUAGCUGUGGGAAGGAAGGAGAAAACACCAUUCAUAAGGCACGAUAUGCAGAAACGUGAAUGGCAAGCUAUUGCUCGUAUUCUUGUCUAUGGUUACAAGAAUUAUGGUUAUUUCCCACUUCAACUUUCUUCUCUGUUCAUGGCAUCAUGCUUGUUUGGGGAGGAAUGCAUCACAACGGAAUUUCUACUUGCCACAUUCAAAGAAUAUAUCCCAGCUGAAGACCAGGAUGUUCUGGAUCAGUGUCUUGGUGAUAGCUUUGACAAAGAUGCUGAAGAUGUCAGUGACUUUUUGUCUUCUUUGAAGUGCUUUAGAGUAGCAUCGCAGGAAAAUAUUAAAGAAAUAAUCAACGAAUUGGCACAUCAGGAGCUGAUACAGAAACCAAGAUAUAUUGUGAACUGUUGGGCUCCUAUAUUACAUAUGUUACAAGAGCAUAAAGCAUUCCAAACCUUUGAGGAUCUCAAAGAGUUGUAUAAAAGCAAGACCCCUACUGCAAAGAAAAUUAUAAAGCUAUUUCGAGCAGAGCCUUCCAAUGAUGCUGAACGAGAGAGUCUUGCCCACCUGAAGCGAUUUGUGAAGUCCCUGGAAGGCCAAGCAUUGGCAAAGUUCUUGCAUUUUUGCACAGGAAGUGAUAUCAUCACCUGCGAUUCAAUCACAGUUAUAUUCAGUACCCUCACUGGUGUGGAAAGACGGCCCAUUGCUCGUACAUGUGCCCCCUUAAUUGAGCUACCCUCAACUUAUGAAUCGUAUUUGGCUCUUGCUGAAGAGUUCCUAAACAUUAUGAGGGGGUAUCAGUCAUGGUCAUUUGACAUUGUGUAGAGUACAAACUGGUUUAAACGAUGUAUAGUAGUCUAAGUUUUUGUUUGGUUUAGGUUCCACAGAGCAACUUCCAUGUAUUUAAUGAAAGAAGCAUGAUUGAGAUGGUAAUUAGAACAGAAUGGGAAUUAUUCAUGAAGUACAAUAGUUAAAGGUUUCAUACUUGCAUCCUCUCAAAUUUCAGUUUUAAUGAAAUUUUUAAUAUGCAGUUUAUUAAACAAGGUAACAAACAUGGCUUUUGCUGAUUGCACUUCAAGUUUUUUUAUCAUGUGUUUUCCAUGUUUUUUCCAAAGUUUUCAAUGGAUAUUUUAUCAUACUAAAUAUUCGAAGCACAUUGAA